UAAUUUGUGUAUAUAGUAACUUUUCGAAAAACAUUAGUUUACAAAAUGGCUGUUAGAAAUCUCAAUGUUUUUCUUUCGUAAAUGUUUCUUUAUAUUAAAAUUUUAUAAUUUUGUGGCAAUAUAAAAAAAUGUCUUGUGAAAUUAAAAAAAUUGCCAAUUUAUUAGAUUUACCAGAAGUGAAAAAUCGUCUUUUUGGUGCUCUUGCGUCGAAAUUGAUUGAUGUACCUGUUGACGAAUUACCAGUUCAGGAUAUUUUAAUUUCUUUAUCACCUGCUGGUGAUAUUCUUGCUUUAGCUUGGAAUACAAGAGUUGUCAUUUUAAUAUCAAAAUGGGACUCUUUGGAACCAGAUGAUGUUAAAAAUAAAUUUCAUAUUUUAUGGGACGGAGAAAUUGAAUACAAACAUAAAAUAACAUCAAUAUUAUGUCUUCCUUUGGUAGCACAAGGAAAAGCAAGUGUCGGAACUGGAAUCGACUGGACAUGUCUCGCUGUUGGUUUAGAUUCUGGCUUUAUAAGAUUUUACACAGAAACUGGAGUUUUAUUACUUGAAGAACAACUUCAUAAUGAAAGUAUUUUAGGCAUAAAAUGUCAAUCACUUUCAGCGCCUCGACAUUCUGGAGAAUCACAAUCGUCGGAAGAAAUUUAUGUUCUUUACAAUUCUGUUAUUUGUUUACUUCAAGGCUUCCCUCUUUUUUCAACCCUCAAAGCAUGUAGAAAUUACAUGGCCAGAGUAAAAGCGAAUUGCAACGAUCGUCAACAAAUGACGAGUCUUGUUUGUAAAAAAUUGGGUUUUAAAAAUCAAGAUGUUGCGAAUGAUGCGGAAGUUGUUGGUAUGACGACAGUCAAUACUUUUGAUCAUUUAAUGACAGCAUCACUUUGUGGUGGUUUUCACACCACUUAUCGUUCAAGUGCACCGCAACACAAUCUUGUCAUGGCAACAGGAAAAAGACCAUUCAUUGGAUUUCAUUAUGCUUUAGAAGGUGGACAAGCUCCUGUUUUAUCUGAUGUUGCCAUUGCAAUGGCUAAUAAAGUUGCCAGUGCCAUUGGAUCUGCCGUUCCUUGGUUUCGUGGAAAUUCAAAAUCGUCGGUGCAAGAGAAACCAAAAGGCUCAGUGAAUGAACCGGCCGAGGCAAUGAUGUGUCGCUUUGCAUUGAGUGAUAUUUUUCGUGAAGGAAAUUCAGUUCUGAUGAGUCCAAAUAAAAUGCUUUCAGUCGUAAUGGAUUCACUGGGUCGUGUUAUUUUAAUAGACAAUAGACAAGGUAUGGCAUUAAGAAUGUGGAAAGGUUAUCGUGACGCUCAAUGUGGAUGGAUUGAGGCUAACGAGGAAAAACAGCGAAUUAGUCGAAAAGAGCGUAAAACAAAUCCUGGACUUGUUUCCAAUACGCAAAUGCGUCGUGCUCUAUUUCUUGUGAUUUAUGCACCAAAAAAGGGAUUAAUUGACAUUUGGAGUAUUCAAAAUGGCACAAAAAUAACUUCUUUCUCGGCCAGCAAAAAUGGACGAUUACUCUAUACAAAUUAUGGCCUAUCGGGACUUAAUGAUGUGAUUUUAUCAACGUCAAAUCGUGCACAAUAUCCAUGUGUAUUUAUCGAUCCUUUGGGUGGAAUGAAAGAAAUAAUUGUACCAUUUCAUUUUGCACUUACCAGUCAAAAUGGUGACAGAGCACGUGACUUACAUCUUUUUAAAAAAUUGAAAACAUUUAUACGUGAAGUUGAAUACGAGGAGGAAACAUUUAUCAAUAUGAUUAGAAAUAUUUGUCUUGAUUUGAAAACUGAUGAAAUACGAUUGCAAGUCAUUGAAAUGUUGAUAAAUUACAAAAAUUCAACGCCCGAUGCUCUUCUUACUGCAAUUGAGUGUUUCAGUCAAAUUUUUGAAAAAAACAACGAAGAUCUUCAAUCAACUGCGAAAAAUUUGUAUCAAAUAAUUAGUCAAUUGAAAAAAGUUGUGGAAUUUUAUAAAUAUCUGUUAAUUCAAUUUGAUCAGCCACCAAAAUAUAAUACAGUUGCUGGUGAUAGAAUUCCAGAUGCAAAAAUGUUAUCAUCCAUUUUACUUACUUUCGAGCGGGAAAUUAAUCGAAUUUUAAAACUUUCGAAUACAGUGAAGGAAAUUAAAUUACCGGAAAUACGAUCAAAGACAAAAGUCUCAUUUAAAGAGGACGGACGACGUUUAUAUGAUUUUCUUUCAAGUUUUCAAUUUGGCACCGCAGGAAUUUUGUGUUUAAAGAAAGAUUUAUCCCUCGAGAAAAAAUGUCAAACUGCUGAAUUAUUUUAUAAGGGAUGGUUAUAUUCGGACGAUUCUAUAGAAAAAUGGAGAGAAGCCGCGAAAAAAAGUGACAUUCAUCCUUUAGCAAUGAUGCAAUUCGCUCUUCUUUAUUGGUUACAUAAAAAACGUGGAGCUCCAUUGGAAGUCGAAUUAGUGCGUUUCACAAAACUUCUUCGUGCCAUUUGUUCAAUACCCGAUGUGAAUGAGAUUUGUGGCGAUUAUAAUGAAAUUUCCUCAUGGUGGAAAGAGGCACGUAAAAUUUUAACCGAAGCAUCGAAUCCAUUUCAUGCAUUGACAGCAGCUUUAGUGUGUAGAGCAGUUGGAAUGCGUCUUGAAAAUAAUUUAGUAUUUUCUAAUAUUGACGAUAAUGGAAAUGCAAAUGUCGAUAAUAAUUCAAGUGGAAGGGAGAAGAAAGUGGAUAAUGGAAAUGCGGGCGAAUCAGAGAACGAAAAGAAAGAGAGUCGAAAUAUUGGCAAUUUAAAGGGAGAUGAUUCUCAGGAAAAAGAUUUUUCUUCCUCGCCCGAGGACGAGACACACAGCUCAUUAAGUGAGUGGGAAAAUGUCAGCAAGGAUACAUGUCAAUUUUCUCUAUUGAUUGCAAAUUUGGAGGAUAUUACAAUUUUAAAUGCAAUUGUCAGUCAACAACCACCGUCGGAUCAUUCGACGCCGUAUUAUACAUUGCCUUACGAAGCCAAUUACAUUUCAUUGGGCUACGUCUUAUCCAGUGGAAAAGGAUCGAUUUCGGAAAUUGUUGCCAAAUGGCUCAGUUCAGCGGGUUUGGAUCCAACUCGAUUAAUUGACACAACUGACAUUGAAUUUGAACAUAUUCAUUCCAUUAAGGAUUCUAUGCAACGAAUUGAUUCUUUGGAUGAAGCGUGUGCCGUUGAAUUGAAGCAACAGGAUCGCGAUAAAUUGCUUUCAUUAGCCGUUGAAGUUGGUAGUGAAGCAAAAGACGAUCAAACGGCUUUGUCUUAUGUCAUUGAUAAAAUAUCUCUAUUGAAGAAACAUUUUCCUUAUAGUUUAACGAGCAGUGUUUUAUUAGCAAAUCUUUGUUGGGAAUAUGUGAUGUUUUGGUGCAAAGAUAUAAAUAAUCUUGAGGCAUUAGAGGCGGCUUUAGGAAUUUUGAGACAAAUUCCAAGAAAACGUAUGCAACAAGGCGUUUGCUCAUUAUUAUGGACAUUACAUAUUAAAGAACGUUUAGAGGCAGCUUCGAAACUUAUGAAUAAAUUGGGAAAAUUGCCAAAAGAAAGAUUAUGCGUUCAAGAUAUUGGCAUCUCUGAUAUUCAACUCACAAAAUUUCUCGAUCAUUGCGUUACAUUCUUCGAUAUUUUCCUAGAUGCGGAAGUUGUGGAAGCGGAAAAUCGAUCAAUUGUACAAUCGGAAGAAUUGUGGGAAGGUUGUCCAUCGGGACCGCAACCUUUUGCAGCACUCGCUAUUUCGCAACCAUUUGCUUGGUAUGAUUUAAUAAUGUUGCAUCUUCAAUUGGCUAAUGUUCUUGUCAUGAUGGCGCAUUUCAAUUUAAAAGUAACAAAACCCGUCAACAAUCUUUUCGAUUCCAUAGCUCAGCGUUAUUUCUUUCAAAAUAUAACUGACGAAUCGGUGAUAGUUUCGUAUCAGGACAAAAAAAGAGACAAUUUUCGACUCGAUUUUCUUUGUUCUGUUAUUUCAUCAUCGAUGGAAUUGAUUCAUCAGGAAAGUAAAAUGGAGAAUAAUUUAAGUUCAAAAGAAGCGAUGCAUUGGAUGAACAAGUGUCAAAUGUUGGCGUCAAUUUGGAAAAUUAAUAAUGACGAAUUAAGAAUACAUCAUGCUUGCGCUCUUUAUAGCAAUAAUUUUGAUCGUCUCGCCGAAGAGGUGAUAAUUGCCGUUAACGAUACAGAAAAAUUGGCAUCGAAAUUAUUGCCAAUCGCUGGAGGAAGACUAAUGACUUAUUUGUCAAAAGCUCCUGAUCUUUUGGAAGAAAUUUCAAGAAUAAAUCCCGCACUCACUACAUAUCUACAGAGUCUUGUUUGGAGUUCACCAAAUACAAUGUCAAUAAAAUCAUCAAACACUGAUACAAUAGAAUUAGUACGAUGUAUCUCAAGAUUGACAACAGAGGAACAUUGCGAUUAUCAUAUAGCUCAAAUGAUGCUUGAUGCAAUGUUUAUAUUUGAGGGAAAAACGUGACAUGUUGAACGACAAUUAAAAAGGAACAUUUUCAAAUAUUUUCUCGUGAUGUUGAAAAGUCUCAAUUUUACAUUAAUUUUUCUCUAUUUCCGGUAAGUCGCAAAAUUAAAUAUAGUUUACGAACCAGUGUCAAUUUGCGAUGUAAAUUUUUUUCAAAAUGAAAUCAAAACACACGAUGAAUUAAAAAAAAAAAAGCAAAAAUAAUAGAUAAAGUAAAGGAAACACUACAUUAUUGUAGUUUGGCGUUGCAUUUUUACAGCAUGUAGAAUAAAUUAAAGUCACUGGAGAGAUAACUUACAAAAAAAAA